AUGAACCCGACCAACGCUGCGCAGGCGCUCCUCAAAUCGCUGGACGACCUGAUCGAGUUCAGGCCUGGCACAAAGUGGGCCAAGGCGGUCGAGCGCAUCCUAGAGGCCUCCGACCACUACGCGGUGCUCGGCCUUACCCCCGAAGCCGUCAGCGCGGACCCGUCGGCGCCGAAGCAAAAGUACAAGCGGCUAGCGCUCGAGGUGCACCCCGACAAGAACAAGGCGGGCGGCGCGGAGGCGGCGUUCAAGAAGCUCAACGAGGCGCACGAGACGCUCUCCGACUCGAAAAAGCGGCGCGAGUACGAC